UGGUGGGUUCAUCGUUGAACACCAUCCAAUUUACUUCGCAGAAUAGAUCGCUUUUGUUCGUGUAGUUUGUUGCUUACGCGAGCUGUGUUGAAUUCUUUUGAUAAGAAGCCAGCUGGUUAAACAGGCUAGCAAAAAGAUAGACAGUGACCGUGACGUAGCCACUUAUAUCGGAAGGACGGAAAGCGGAUGCCCACUUGGUGGCAGGUUGAAUUAAACUCCUCAUGAUAUGCCUAAUCGGAACGCCCAGGAAGAAUAUCCGACAUGGGUUGGAUUUGUUUUCAUUUUCAACCUGAUCGUGGGAACCGGAGCGUUAACGCUUCCGUCCGCGUUCAGCCACGCGGGAUGGGUCCUGGGAUCGGGGCUGAUCGUGGUGCUAGCCUUCGUGAGCUACAUGACCGUGACGUUCGUGAUCGAGACGAUGUCCUGUGCUAAUGCCAUUCAGAACUGGAAACGGCUACAGUACCUUAAAAGAGAUCGGGUGGUGGAGCAGGACGAGGACAGCAAUGUUGAAACGAUGGAGGGUGAACCGCUGUUGGCUCAGACAAGUGGGUCAACUGAGGAACCGCUCACCGAUGGAAGUAUCGAACAGACUCCGCUGAACAUUAUGUACUGCCGGAAUCAGUACUACAGUCUGUCGACCAAGGUUGAACUGGCCGAGAUGGCCAAUCUGUUUUUUGGCCGCGUUGGGCGGUUUUUGUUCUACUUCUGUUUGGCCGUUUAUUUGUACGGGGAUUUGAGCAUUUACUCGGCGGCUGUCGCUAAGAGCUUGAGGGAUGUUAUAUGUGCCCACAAUCAUUCGGCAAGCGCCAUGGACAGCGACGACUGGAGCUUGAGAUGUUGGGAGGAAAGUUCUCUAUCGCGAUUCGACAUCUAUCGGAUCUGCUUGGUGGUUUUUAUCGGCAUCCUUGGACCCUUCACAUUUUUCAACGUACAGAAAACCAAAUAUUUACAGUUGAUAACGGUACUCUUCCGCUGGUUGGCGUUCUCGGUCAUGAUCAGUAUCGCCAUCCACCGUCUUUUCUCGCGGAGCAACAGCGACGAUCCUCCAAUCGUACCAAAACGAGUUGACAUCAACGGAAUUCCAUACCUGAUAGGAACCUGCAUUUAUUCAUUCAUGUGCCAUCAUUCGCUUCCAAGUUUAUUGACCCCUAUCUCCAACAAGAGGCGUCUCAAAAUGCUUCUAUCAGCAGACUAUGCCCUUAUCUGUGCAUUCUACUUGUCCCUCGCUCUAACAGGAAUCUUUGCCUUCGCCGAAAUCAAAGAUCUCUACACUCUAAAUUUCGUCCCCAGCUCAGAUCAGGACAGCAUCUUUCUCAAAACGAUCGAAUAUUUCCUGGCACUUUUUCCCGUAUUCACCCUGUCUGCGAGCUUCCCAAUCAUAGCCAUUACGCUGCGAAGCAAUUUGCAAACGCUCUUCCUGGACACAACCCAAAUCGAAUCGUACAACUUCUUCCUGCGGAAACUCUUCUUCCCACUGCUCGCUAUUGUUCCACCGAUCUGCAUUUGUUUCUUCACCGAGAGUGUCGUUUCGCUGGUCGGAUUCACCGGAUGUUAUGCCGGAACCGGUAUCCAGUAUCUGAUUCCGAUUGGACUGGUAUUUGCCGCCCGGCGCACUUGCGAGAGCAUGAUCGGACGGGGAAUUUUGAACGACUUCCGGAGCCCCUUCAAGGGAACCAUUUGGCUGGUGCUGGUGCUUUGUUGGACAAUAGCGUGCUUGGUGCUGGUUACGAUCGAUUUGAUCAAGUGAGAAUCAACUACGUGACUGCUACUAGCUGCACAAUCGAGAGGAAAUCUUAAACCAUAAUGAUAUGUGAAAAACAAGAAAACAAAAACAAUACAAAAUAACGAAAAUACGCACGAGACUGAAUGUUAAACGAUUGUAUGCUGGAGGUGCAAUGAUUUCCUUUUUUAUAGAUUGGCGUUUAUUGUAAUUUUAAGAAGGUAACGGUUUGUUUUUUCCAAAAACCACCUAUUCUUUUCGUUCCAUUUUUCUGUUUGUUUUAGUGAAUUUAGAUCUAAAUACUGUAGUAGAAAUCUUACGAGAUUCCGCAUUGUGUCGAUAAAUUCCAAAUUAUGUAUUGUAUGAACGUGAGAGACAACUUAGAUGCUUUGAGAAGGCUUGAAAAAUGUGAAUCAAAAACAAAUCUUAUAUUUUAACUACAUACUUAUAUUUACUAGUCAGAAAGAAAAACUGACCGAAAUGUAAUUUUAGAGCAGAAAACAGAAACACGUGUUGUAUUUAAAGAUGACUACAGACUUGAAUCCAGGAUUAUAAAACAAAACAAUAAAUGUUCAUGUGAAGAAUCAGCAUUAUACAUAACCCAUCUCUGUCAAUAGUCAAGACUUUCGGGAUACAAGUAAAUAUAGACUUCAGAAUUUA